CCGCGUACCGCAAAAAAAAAAAAAAAAGAAAAAGAAAAAAAUGCAAAUGAACAGAGUCUCAGUCACUGGUGAUACAAUAUUAAUAACAGUAAUACACAUGUAAUGGAACACUGCAUCGAACAGUAGAAAAAUAUGUGGUUUUCAAGGGUACACAGAAGAUUUACCUUUUAGAGCAUAUAUUCUGUUCUAUAAAAUAAAUCUCAACAAAAUUUAAAAGAUUUAAAUAAUAAGAAACAUGUUCUUUGACAACAACAAAAGCAGUACUUAACUCUAAAGUCCUAUAUUAUAAAAGAAGAAUCUUAAAUAAGUUAAGCUAAUGUCCUUAAGAAACCAGAAAGUGAAGAGCAAAAUAAACUGCAAGCAAGUAGAAGCAAUGGAAUAAUAUAGAUAGAUACGAGCAGAAAUCAGUGACAUAGAAAAGAGAAUAUAGAGAAAAUCAGUGAAAGCAAAAGGUGGUUCUUUGAGAGGAUCAAUAAAAUUGAUAACUGUCUAGCCAGAUAUACCAAGAAAAAAAAAGAGAGAGAGAGAGAGAAGACAUACAUUAACAGUACCAGGAAAGAGAGAAGUAACGUCACUGCAGAUUCCAGGGAUAAAAGGAAUAGUAUGAACAAGUCUAUGGACUUCGGUAUGUGAUGCUGGGUGAAGGGUUGCAGGACAUGGACUCGGGCAGCAUACAGUUCCCAUCACACGUGACGGAAGCCUCCCUAACGAGGCCACGUCAAGGAUUUCCAAAGCACUAUCACAGGACCGCUUGACUUCCCAAGACCUGAAGAUCUCGAGAUCUUUCACCUGGAGUCCCCAACAUGUCCCUCUUUCUCAUGAUAUUCAUUCAAUAGUGGUUAUUUUCUUACUGAGCGUCUACCAUGCCAAGGGUCUGCGUUAGCGCCCCGCCCCCCAGAUGCUCCGUCCCACGUGGAAUCCUGUCCCCUGAACCCGCUUCUCCGGCCCCGGCGCCUUGUGACGUCAUGUCUCACCUCAUAAUUAUGCAGGCGUGUGUCAGGCGGCACGAGGACAGAGUUGCCUGGCGAACACCACCUGCGGGGCCAGGCCUUUCUUCCGUUACGUCACGCGCCCAUUUCGUCGUCCGCCGUGCUGGUCCCGGAUCAGUCCGCCGGUCCAGAAGAGGAGGGGCCAGCCUUCGUGGCCAUUACCCUCGUAGCUGGCGGCUGGCGACGCACGCAUGGGGUCGUCCGCAUCCAAGGCUGCCCUCAGAGCGACCACCGACGAGCCCUCCGAGCCCGGGCCGAAACACCUGGCAGCUCUAAUCCAGUACAUAAAUGGAACAAAUAGGAGUGUGGAACAUCUGGCUGAUAUUCUUUAUGAGAAAACUGGGAGCAGCAGCUGGGUGGUGGUGUUCAAAGCCCUGAUUACUGUGCAUCACCUUAUGGUGCAUGGAAAUGAGCGAUUUAUCCAACAUCUUGCAUCUAGAAACUCUUUGUUCAUUUUAUACAACUUCCUGGAUAAAAGUGUCACAGAAGGCUAUACUAUGUCAUCCUUCAUCAGACGAUAUAGCAGGUACUUGAAUGAAAAGUCACUCGCAUACAGACUGAUUGCAUGUGACAUCAGCAAAGCCAAGAGAGGGACGAACGGUGUGAUGAGAACUAUGAACAGUAGAGAGCUGCUGAACACUCUUCCAGUUAUUCAGACUCAGUUCACUGCUCUGCUUAAUGUUAAUGCAAAUCCUGACGAAAUAACUAAUGGUAUAAUAUAUGCUGCUUUCAUGCUCCUCUUUAAGGAUGCUCUUCGCCUCUUUGCAGCCUAUAAUGAGGGGAUCCUUAAUCUGCUAGGCAAGUAUUUUUACAUGAGGAAGAACCAAUGCAAGGAAAGUUUGGAUAUUUACAUCAACUUCCUUGGGAGAAUGACCAAAUUUGUACAGUUCCUGAAAGUUGCAGAGCAAGUUGGAAUUGACCAGAAUGACAUUCCAUAUAUUAAUCAGGUACCCUGCAGUUUACUUGAAGCACUAAAACAGCAUUUAGCUUCUUUGGAAGAGAAAAUUGACGUUUUACCCGCUUAUAGAUUGUUUCCUCUAUGUGAUAUGUUACAACUGGCAUUGCCUUCACAAGUCCCCAGGUGUAUUGCAGCCAGACAGCAAAGUGGAAGUGUUAUAGCAAACAACCUGGAUGGCUCACUGGUUAGCCCUGUAAGAAAUCUUGACUUUGGAGAAAGCCCAGUCAACAGAUUGGACGUGAAGGGGUGUCAAUCCUCAGAGAUGGAAAUGACUGGUGGAAUGAACUGGCAGUUGAAUAGCUGUACCUGCGUAUCAACCAUCUGGAGCCCAAUUUCUAUUCCUCCAGUUUCCCACAUGGUUCCAACUCCAAUUGGAGCUCCUUCCCUAAUGGCACCUCAACCCAUGAUUUAUACCCAACCAGGCUUAAGGACAGCAAGCCUGCUGCUCCAUCCACAAGAAAUAACACAGAAUCCAUGAGGUACCAAAGCGAAAAGAUUCCAAAUCAGAGGUGAAAACAAAUGACGAUCUCUCUACAGGCUGAUUGAAUCAUCCACUUCUUCCAAGUAAAAUAAACAUCCAUUUUCGCAUUCAAUACUCUUGAGAUUCUUCAUUUAGUGUUUUUGAGGUGAUGCACUCUUUCUCUUGUUUUAAUAGUUAGCCUUGAAACUUUAUCCUGC